AGGAAGCAAACUCAGAAGGUUUAAGUAACAAUCUAAGGUUACACAGCUAGUAAGUUUCAGAGCCAGGACUCAAACUCCGAUUUUGUAACUCCAAAUGUAGAUGCUACUGCUAUAUUUCCCAAAAAUUAAUAUCACGACUUCAACAAUGGGUGUGAGAGGUUUACAUGGAUUUGUGGCUAAUGCCUGUCCCAGUGUAUGUACAGUAGUAAAUUUGAAAGAAAUGGCAGAAAAAUACCAAAUUCACCAACCUGGAUGCAUUCCUGUAAUUGUUGUUGAUGCCAUGUGUUGUCUUAGACAUUGGUAUACACCAGAAUCUUGGGUUUGUGGUGGCCAGUGGCUGGAAUACCUUUCUGUCUUAGAAGAUUUCAUUAAAGCUUUUACUACAGCAGGCAUCAAAUUGGUAUUCUUCUUUGAUGGUGUGGUAGAGCAGAAAAAGAGACAUGAAUGGGUGAAACGGAGACUCAGGAACAACAAGGAGAUAUCUAGAAUCUUUCAGUUCAUGAAGACCCAUAGGCGGCAACCAGGCAGAGAUAUGUUCUUCAUUCCCUCGGGGCUGGCCACAUUUACACGUUUUGCUUUAAAGUCUCUGGGUCAGGAAACUGUGUGUUCAUUACAAGAGGCAGACUAUGAAGUGGCUUCUUAUGGUCUCCAAAAUAACUGCCUGGGAAUUCUUGGAGAAGAUACCGACUAUCUCAUCUUUAAUACGUGCCCUUACUUUUCUAUUAGUAAGCUCCACCUUGACUGUCUUGUUACUGUUAUGUUCUCAAGAGAGAACCUUUGCCAUAGCCUGGGUCUCAAUGUAACAGAUCUUCCUCUCUUGGCCUGCCUACUGGGCAAUGAUACAGUUCCAGAAGGCAUGUUGGAAAGUUUUCGGCAAAAAUGCCUGUCUGGUUAUUCCUCUGCUAAACAGAACAACGACAAGAGAACUAACACAAUUCUUGCUGUGGCAGACUACAUAACUAGAGUACUCCACUUGCAGCAGGGGUUGAAAGACCUGGAAGAGAUGUUACCUUUGGGACGAAAUAAAACUGUGUUUUGUAGAGGGGUGGCAUCCUAUCUCCUUCCAGGGCAACAAUCCCCCUGGCUUCUCCAGAUACCCAGCUUGGAAACAUCAGACAAGCAAGAAGUAAUCAUGUGGUCAGACCCAGAGAUUUUGCAGGUAGCUAAGGAACACCAUGUCCAAGCUGAAAGCUACCUGGUCUACAAUAUCCUAAGCAGUGGAGAAAUUGAAUGCAGCAACACAUUGGAAGAUGAAUUUGACCCAGAACUCCCUGGCCAAGCACUUAUUUUCCGUCCUGCUCGGCAACAUAUUUACUCACUCUUGUUGGAAGACAGUAAAGAUGCUUGCAGAUCCUGUCCCAUAGUAAAGGAGUGGUUUGUAUACUUUGGGAAUCAGCUGAAGCAGCCAGAACUGGUACAGCCCAUAAAACUGGACAUCCCAGGUGGAAUACCUAGUUUGAGAACAUUGUGGCUGAGCCAAGAUGCAGAGGUACAAGCCCAGCGUUAUAGCACCUUCCUGGCCUGCUUUCACCUUUGGAAUGAAAGAGAAGAACUUCAGGCUCUUGAAAACUCUCUUGCAGCCCUGUGCUGUCUCUUGAUCUACCUCCUUUGGCAGGUGGAUGCUUUCUCCCUGGAGGACUUAAAUGCUUUUAUUGCUCAGACUUUGUGCCUCCGAGGAAAAUCAGCUGCUCAACUCUCAGGCUUACAGCUUACCCAUGUUGACUCCAGAGCUGUGCAGCUUGGCUCUCUCUUCAUCCGGGGCCUGACCACUUUGAUUCUGGCCAACAGUGCCUGUGGGUUUCCAUUCAGAAUGGAUGACUUGAUGGCUUGGAAGAUGUUUGAUGGGAAACUUUUUCAGCAGAAGUAUCAGCAGUCACACAGAGGCUGUUCUGUGGAGGAACUUCUAGAAGGCAAUAAAUAUUGGCUGACUGAGUUCCAGAACCUAAAAUCGCUCAUUUGCAAGGCCUGCAUGAAGAACAACCGAGUUCUUCAAAGCCGACAGCGAGGGAAUGAAUUCAUCAGAGAGUCAGAAAGCAGAAGAUGGGGCUCCAGUUUCCAGAGAUCACAUCAGCCUCGUUUUUCAUCUUUGUUUCAUAAUCCCAACCAAGGACACCAAUGGAGAGGCCUUGGGCCUUACACUUCUAGAUUUGAAACUGGCCCUUCAGGUAGAAGAUAUAGGUCAGAAGAGCAAAGCCAGAAGAGAAGAGGAUUCCAGCACACUCUCAGAUGGCCCAGAUGACACCGUAAUGCUGCUGGGAUGGAGCAGAAACCUUUUUACAGAUGAAGAAAACAUUUUAAAACUUGGAAAUUGAGCAAAAAGAAAUAUAUCUGUUUAAUUCUAUUGCCUAUCAGCCAAGUCAAAAAAAUUUAUUUAGGAAAGAUAGCGUUCACUUAAAAAUACCAUUAUAUUUAUAUAGUGUCUUCUCUGUUAUAAUUUGUCAGCCAUCGCCAUUAAGUAAAAGUGUACAAAAAUAGUUUUUUUCUUUUUUUUAAGCAAGCAAGAUAUGACAAAAAAUGAAAGGAAGUGACUAGUUUAUCCUUUUGGAUUUGGGGUGAGAUUUCAAAUUAAACUUCACAUUAAAAGCCCCUUUCCUCCUGUGUGUCAUUUCUGUGUGGUGAAACAUCUGGACAGACGGGCUUAGCCACUGCUUCCUCUGUAGUGGUAGAGCAAAAGAGUGAUAAUUCCAAAUGUUCUUGAUCACCUUCAGAAGUGUUUAUAACAAUGUGGGAAUGAUCUGUGAUUUACAGUCAAGUAUAACUUAGUAAAUCCUAGGGAGCUGCUUGAGGCAAGUUAGAUAAAGUGACUUGCCUAGGAUCACCCAGCUACUAAGUGCCAGAAGCAGAUUUUAAACCCACAUCCACUUGAAUCCUAGCCAAACCCUGUAUCCUAUAACACUCUGUUGCUGAGAAGUGUUUGAAAGCAAUAACAAAUAGGAAUUUAUCUGAAAAGUGAAAGUAUUGACUCUAAGGUCAAGUGUAAAUGGCAUGAAAAUGUGAGUAGAAAGUUUUAAAAAGCAAGAUUAGUAAAGAAUUAUUUGUGAGUGUGAUGCUAAAGUCAUCUAUCAAUCACGCCUACUACAUGUCCAGAAUUGUGCUGUAUGUCAUGGGAGAUAGAAUUAAAGUAAAAGGCAUGACUUCUGCUCUCAAGAAGCAUACAAUUUAGUUGAAGGACAGGAGGAAUCUAAUACUAACAAAACAACAAUUAGGUGAGUAUAUAUAAUUAAGUGAUGUGUUAUCUGGAAUUUAUCUUAAGUGUUAACAUGAAUUCUGAGAAGGGAAAGUUCAUUGUAAAUUGGGAGUAGUCAGGGAAAGUAUUCUCAUAUAUGAUAGAAAUUUUCACUUUCCAUGGACAUGUUUUCUCUUUGAAGCAACAGAACUUAAAAUAAGCUCUAGAGUUGUGCUUACUGUGAGGGGAGCUAAGCUUCUCUGUGUGCUCAUGGAAGAUUGAAGGCACAGCAAAGAAGGAAGGGGAAAAUAGGAUCAAAAAAGGGAGUGGAAGAAGGAGGAAAGAAGGGCAAAGUGAAAAAGAGGGAGGAAAAAAGAGAAAGAAUCUCUAAUACAUCAGGUGCUCCCUGGUAACCUUUAUGUUGAAAGUUGCCUCCCAUUGGCCUAAAAAUUAUAUGUUGAUAUGACUGAUGGACUUUUAAAACUACAUUCCCAUAUUAACACAAUUAAAGAUAAAUAAUCUUCAUAAUCCAGCCUGUGAAUACUCCAUGCAAAUUGUACACUUAUUUUUAACCGGGCUACAAUCAGAUCUUUCCUUCUGCUUCAAUUCUUAAGCAGCCCUACAGAGAUCAUGGAUUUAGAACUGAAAGAGGCCUUAAAAGAUCAUUGUGUUCAAUAUUACACAUGACAAAUCACAGUGUUUUUUGACAAUUUUUUAUCUGAUACUUUUGUUCCAUUAGUCCCAAUAAUUUUUUUUUUACAAAGUAACUGCAAAAAGAUCUUUUUAAGGUACUGAGCAAUGAUAGAUAAGUUAAAAGAGUACUUUCUGACAGAACCUAUGAUAAUCAUCAUUAAUGAUGAAGUAUGUUUCAUAUCUCUCAGAGAGUGGUGCCAGAAAUGAUUUUGUCAAUCAAUUUUAUGUAACUGUUUGUGGUAUGUCAGGAAAUUACUUAUGUAAAAAACAAAA